GCACUCGAAUGAGCCAUGGAGGAGAUUUAUGUCAACGCUGAACAAGUCAAAGUUGUCAACACAAGACAUUCAACCAACACAGACCGUAACUCAGUCCAUGGUUCAGCUGUAGAGCUCUCGGCCAUAAAAGACAACCUGACUGAGCUCCUACAGACCAGCAAUGACAAACUCUCCUCCAUGACUGAACAGAGAGACCUGCUGAACACCAACCUGACUAAAAUGACUGAAGAGAGAGACCUGCUGAACGCCAACCUGACUAAAAUGAAGAAAACAUGUCCUGCAGGAUGGAAACUGUUCAGUUGUUCCUGUUAUUUCCUCUCUGGAAAGUCUGGUUCCUGGGAUAAAGGCAGACAAGACUGUAGAAACAAAGGAGCAGAUCUAGUGGUGAUAGACAGCUCUAAAGAACAGGUACUGAAUAUCUAUAAGCCUGUCUGGCUACAGACAUAG